UCACUGGAAAUCUUUUUUCUGCAUUACUUGUUAAAAGUUGAAGGAAAGGGUGAGUGACUGUCCAAUGCUCUCCCUUCAGUGUCAGAAGUUUGGCGAUUACCACAAAGACGAUCCCAACUCCUUCAGGUUUUCUGAGACGUUCUCGCUGUAUCCUCAGUUCAUGUUCCACCUGAGACGCUCGCCCUUCCUGCAGGUGUUCAACAACAGUCCGGAUGAGAGCUCGUACUACCGACACCAGUUCAACCGGCACGAGCUGACGCAGGCGCUCAUCAUGAUCCAGCCCGUCCUCUACUCGUACUCCUUCCAGGGACCGCCAGAGGUCAGUCUCGUACGGACCGGGACGGCAAUGGCCUCCGAUCGCUGAUCGCUCGACCUCGUUUAUCGUCGCACC